CUCCGUUCGCGGCUCGCUGGCGUCGGCGGCACGUUCGCUUGGGGAUUCGCUAAGAAGGCUGUUGCCAAGGCGACGAGUCGGUGCCGGAGCCCGGCCUGGCUAGUGUCGAGGGAGCUGCCGACGGUUCGGAGGUGGGAUGAGGCAGCUAAGGAAAGGAGGCUCCGGUGGAGGAGGAGGCGGCGGCGGCCCUGGACCCUCCCUGGGCGGCCAAGAAUUCAGCAGAUCCAUGUAAGGAUGGCAGCUUUUCUCCAUUUGCUACUAUAUUAUUUCUGGAUAGAGUGGUUAUAAUAUUGAAAGAAGACUGAUGACUUAAGCAACUACUAUGACAGUUCACUUACUCAUAUAACAGCACCAUUCUGAAUAAAGAAACACUCAGGAAUUUUUAAGCAUUUGGCUACCUUACUUUUUGCAAAAUGAAUCGUUAUACAACUCUGAAGCAACUUGGGGACGGAACCUAUGGCAGCGUUCUGAUGGGGAAGAGCAAUGAAUCAGGGGAGCUGGUGGCCAUCAAAAGAAUGAAAAGGAAGUUCUAUUCUUGGGAUGAAUGUAUGAAUCUGAGGGAAGUUAAGUCUCUGAAAAAACUUAAUCAUGCCAAUGUAAUAAAGCUGAAAGAAGUUAUUCGAGAAAAUGACCAUCUGUAUUUUGUGUUUGAAUAUAUGAAAGAAAAUCUGUAUCAGCUAAUGAAAGACAGAAAUAAACUCUUUCCCGAGUCUGUCAUCAGGAACAUUAUGUAUCAAAUAUUACAAGGGUUAGCUUUUAUCCAUAAACAUGGAUUUUUUCAUCGAGAUAUGAAACCUGAAAACCUUCUUUGUAUGGGUCCAGAACUUGUUAAAAUUGCUGAUUUUGGAUUGGCUAGAGAACUAAGAUCUCAGCCUCCAUACACAGAUUAUGUUUCUACCAGAUGGUAUCGCGCACCUGAAGUUUUAUUGAGAUCUUCUAUUUAUAGUUCCCCUAUUGACCUUUGGGCUGUUGGUAGCAUAAUGGCUGAAUUAUAUACACUCAGACCACUUUUUCCAGGAACAAGUGAAGUUGAUGAAAUUUUCAAAAUUUGCCAGGUGUUAGGAACACCAAAGAAGAGUGAUUGGCCAGAAGGUUACCAGCUUGCUGCUGCAAUGAAUUUUCGAUUCCCUCAGUGUGUUUCAAUAAAUCUAAAGACUCUCAUUCCAAAUGCCAGCAGUGAGGCAUUGUUUCUCAUGAAUGAAAUGUUAAACUGGGAUCCAAAGAAACGACCUACAGCGAGUCAGGCAUUGAAGUUUCCUUACUUUCAAGUGGGCCAGGUUUUAGGACCACCUCCACAAUUCAUCAAUCAGAAACAGCCAUAUCCCAAGUUAACAGAACGGAAACCAUCUCUGCCCAAACUUGAACAUAUACCAAAAUUAGAAGCUGUAUCUGGGCCAGAAUCUCAGUCUUCGCUAGAUGUAACUGAUAAGCUACAGUGUCUGCCCAAGAAUAACCAACAUCCCCUCCAGUCAAUCCAGCUGCCUCAGAAUGCAGUGAAUCAGCAACCGUCAGUACAGCAACAGCCUCAGACAUUCUUUCCAGCCAUCAGUAAAAACUCAAUAUCAAAACACAUAGCCAUAGGACCCUCAAAUGGUGCAAUGGGUAUGAAAAAUUAUCGACGCCGGUGGGGUCAAACUAUGUUAAAGACAUUGGAUAGUUGGGAUGAUUUUGAUGAUACAGAAUUUGGAAUUUCUUAUUUUAAGAAGCCUAGCAUUGUGGUGUUAAAUGAAAAGAAAACAAAAGAAUCACUUUUUAGCGUUCCCGAGUCUAAGUCUCCUACCUCUGGCAGGUCAGGAGAAAAUAAAGUUCUGAAGAGAAACGACUCUGGAAUAUCAACUACUUCGGCAAAACAGUACUAUUUGAAACAAUCAAGAUACGUUCCUGGUGUAAAUCCUAAGAAUGUUUCCUCAGGAGCGGCCACUAAAGAAAGAAUCCAUGGUACUUGCAACAAUCCUUUGUUUUCAAAAUCAAUAGCACCAAUUGGAGGGCUCUCUUUCAAUCAGGUUAAUGCAGGAAAUACUGGCUUUAUUGGUGCUGCUUACAAUGCUCCUGGAGGAUAUAUCCCUUCAUUUCACAAAAAAGAGGUUGGUUCAGCAGGUCAGAGGAUACAAUUGGCACCUCUUGGUCCAUCAGUUGCAGAAUAUGCUUGGAAAACCAAAGCUUCUCGUGCCCAAUUGCCAGGACCUACUUACAGCCCCGCCACAAAAGGCAUGAACAUUUUAACUCACCCACCACCAGCGCAACCUGUGCAUGGAAGAACUGACUGGGUAGCCAAGUACGGAGGGCAUCGGUAGAAGUACUUUCCUGCCUCGCAUAUGCAUACCGUGACUAUUUAUAUCCUUUAUUUCUUUGCCUCCAGGACACAGCAUAUUCUACUAAUAGAAUAACAAUUCUGGAAACACACGAGAGCCUGUAGUUUAUUAUCUCUUAAGGGGAAAAUAUAGAAAAUAAAUACAUUUAUUUAGAACAUAUUCUUCAAAAGUAGUGCCUCUGAGGCAGGAUUUUUUUGUUUUGCUUACAUUACGAAGUAUUCUCUCUAUAAAGUUACCUUGCCAAAACUAAAAAUUUGUAUACUCUUACUGAAAUGAACAGAAAUUGGUUUGCAGUCCCUUUGAUCGUAUCUCCUGAAAAACUGUUAAAAAUAAAGGUAUUAGCCAUUGGACAAUCAUGGCUAAUUUAAAUAGGGCAAUAAAUUAUAAAAAGUGGCUUUUAAGAUGUGGUACUUCUAUAACAUUGAGUUAAGCAAUAAAAAAAAAUAGUAGAUGAUGAAUUUUCCACUGCAUUGGACAACUGUAAUCAGAGAAACUAAAGCUGAACUAAUUUAUCUUUGAUUUGGGUUGACUUGUAUCUUAAUUGGUUGACUUAUACCUUUAUUUCUUUUGAUUGCAGAGAAUGAAGUCAUAGUCACAACCAACUAUUACUUUGUAGAAAAGUGGUGUACUGAACCUAAGGUUCAGUUUUAUUUUAGAUUUUGCAGGACUAGGAUUACUCUGUGUAUGAUUCAUAUGAAUGUACAACUGAAGGUGUUAAACCAUUUUUCUUUGAUCUUGUCUCUGCUUAUGACUAUGUAACUUCUAGGUGGGAAAGAAAGAUAUUCAUCUGUGCUAUGCAUUGGUCCUGAUUCCAAGAGCUUACAGGUUAUCAUGUAUUGCAUAGAUAUAGUUAUAUACAUAUAUCAACUGUUACUGUUGAUUCUGAAAAGAGGGAACUUAUUUGCAGAAGUGUUUGGAAAAUAGAAACUUAAUGCAUCUGUGGAGCCAUUUACUUGAGGUGAAAGUUUUCUAGGAAUUUACAUGCAAAUUUUGGCCUUGCAACUGGGAAAUGAGUGAAUGAUAUUCAGGAAGGAUUCUCCCCUGAGAAGAAUGCCAGAUAGCAUUAUGUAACAGAAAAUAAGCAUUUAAAUAAUUAUUACUUGUAACUCUCUAAAAAAGCAUUCUGGCGGUAUUUCAGAAAUAAUUUCCAGGAGGUCUGAGUAACUUUGUAGCUUUGCUUUUUCCCUUAAUUUUUUUAUUUGAAUUUGAUCACAGAAUUAGUCAACUUAACUGUAGUGCCUUCACUUGGUAACCAGAGCUGAAUAACUCCAGAAUUCUCUUUUAAUUCCUAAAGGAAUUGCUUAAAAUCUGGUAAUAACUGCCAGAAUUUAUUCUUCAAACCUAAUUCUGUAGCAUAGCAUUGAUAGCAUUAUCUGGCCUACAGUCAUAUUUUGAAUGUCAUAAAAUACAUGAUGGCCUAAAAUGUAUGUGAUAUUUCAAGUUCAUAUUUUUAGUGAUUUCUUCAAUAUAUAAGAACUCUUGCUUUAGCUAACAGAAGUCACUCUUAAAACUAUGCUUUUCCAAAUGCUAAAUAUAUUUAAUUUGUUACAUUGAAACUGACAAUCUAGACUUGUUAAAAUAACAUGUAUUAUAUAUUAUUAUUCAAUUGUAAAAUGUUAUUUGCAAACUGAAAAGUAUUUUGUAUGUAUUUUAUUUUUCAAAAUGUACACGAUUGUUGUGGAGGACAUAUUUGAAUUAAGACUUAAGGUAGAAUGCACGUAAAUAUGCUGUCUCAAUUUCAGUAGGAUCUACUGCUAAGUGUAUUUACAUAAUGAAACCUUG